GACUCGCAAACUCUCAUAGCAGAGAAUCGCAGAAAAUUUCAUACUUGACAAUUACGUCCUCGAUAUUCAUUGUGGAUGAAGCAGAUAUUAAUUCUCUAGUUCUAAGAGGAAGCUUGUAAUUAAAAGAACCGUGUUAUCAAGUGUGAGAGCGUCAGCCUUUCUAGUGUCAGGAAUCUCGUGUGAAUCUUGCAUUACAACAUCAAGAAGCCAAGACGGCUGAAGACUUUGUUUCUGGCAUCGAAAAGGGAGAGAGCGGGGCCUCAAAAAUUUAAAAGCCCCAAGAGAAGAAAAAAGGAUCUGCAUGCAGGUGAUAGACCUGAUUCUUUGUGCUCAUAGUUCCGCAACUUUGAUCAGCGGGCUCAACUACAGAACAUCAAGGACGUGGCAGAACUUGCCAUUGACAGACUUAUUUGUGACUACUCAAAUAUAAAGCUUCAUCAUGCAGUUCAAGCUUACACCACUCCUCCUUCUCCUGCCCCUUUUCCUUGCCCUACCCGAGCCGAUUUCAGAGGCAAUUCCAGAGACUGGCUUCAAAGAAGGAGGCGCCAUUACACCUCGUGAUGGGCCCGAUACACUCAUAGCCCGCGCUUGCUCCUACACCACCGGCUGUACAUCCCAAAGUGGAGCCAGUGCUGGAAAGUAUUGCGGUUUUUGUACCCAAGUACGCGGAACGUAUCAUGUCGGAGACAUUUAUCAAGUCAAUGGUGGCUCUGGGUCCUCGAGCUGCUGCAGUUAUGGAGCAAGCUCGGCUUGUGCUGCACGUUGGCCAGCUGUUAGCCCGGAUGUUCUUGUCAAAUGCGCCAACAAUGGUAGAGGAUAUUAGCUGCAUGGAGGCCGCAGAUUAGCUAGAAAUUUCACUCUUUUUUCUUAUUCAAAUUACGAGGUAUGCACGGCAGAGCAAACUUACAAGUUUUGCUUUACCCACAGUCUUUUCUUAUGAAACUUGCAAAUGGGCGUUUCAAAUCUAUCCAUCUAUGUAUUCCUGGCGUUUUAUUCGAUAACAGUCUUUUAGUAUUACGUAGCUAUAACCAAUAAAACAAAACCCAAUUGAGUACUCAAGUUUACA